AUGGCAAUUGACAAGGACGACCCGACUAAACUAACCAUGCUCGGCCAGCCAGUUCAGAUUCAGGGAGAAUUCCCUAACACGGUUGCUGUAUCGCAGAAGAACAGACUUACUUGCGUUGGAACAACUGGAGCAGCAAACGGUAUCUCGUGCGCCUCAUUCUCACGACGAGGUUUAGGUCAAUUCGAUCAGCUUCGGUCAUUCAAUCUCGAUCAAACAACACCGCCUGUAGGGCCAACGAACAGUGUGUCGCAGCUGUUCUUUUCGGAAGAUGAAUCAACUCUGUUUGCGACUGUCAAGGGAGACCCAGCGGUGAACAACACCGGGUUCUUCUCCACGUUCGCCGUGAUGAGAGGCCACGGGAGCAGCCACGCUACCAUUGGAAGACAAGAUGUCCGAAGCUCGCCCAGCGGGACCGCAGUACUGUUCGGCUCAGCAGUCAUUCCAGGGAACUCAUCGGUCUUUGUCACGGACGCGUCCUUUGGUGCUGCAGUCCUCUCGAUUGACAGCUCGAAUAGCGGCGCCUCACUGGUCGCUCGGCAAGCUAUCGACGAUCAAGCGGCAACUUGUUGGGUUACCAUCUCGAGGGCAACGGGGAGCGCGUUCGUGACAGACGUUGGACGCAAUCGAGUCGUUGAAAUGAGCGUGACUGACGCGAGCAUUCUUGGUGAAACGGAUCUCUCAGAGACCGGGGCGCCAGGUCUGAUUGACCUCCGAUCAACUGGCAACUUUAUAUAUGCCUCAGUCCUGGCAAUGGAACUACGAACCCUGCUGUCGCUGUACUGGAAGUUUCUGGUGGACAGGGAACUGCUUCGUUGGUGCAGAAUUUUGAUGUUGCUGGCUUAG